AUGACGAUUUUUAACUUUACAACUUUUGUGGAUACUGAAAAUCUGUGCACUGAAAACUUUACUAAUGUAGAUAUUGUGACUUGUUUUGAGAGUGACAUGAAGAAUAUAGUUUACAUAAACGAGCUAACGUCAUGCAGUUAUGUGCGUUUGAACACAACACAAUAUCAGGUGGUUGUUGACGAGAAAGCAGUUCCCCCUAACGUAACAAUAACAAUAGACUUUAAAGUCACUAAGAUAAAAAUAACAGAGAAUAGAGAUUUGAUCAUGGUGAAUGUGGAUACAAAUGAAAAUCUUGAUGUGUGCGUUGCCCUGUUGGAUAGGAAAUUAAAAGAAGUGAAAGACACUGCGAGACUUGCAGACCAUUGCAAGGAAACUCUUUGUAUGGUUGAAAACAUCUUAACCUUGCUCUGUUUUCUCAUCUCAAUUGUAUGUCUACUACUGACCUUGUUGACAUACUGCAUGUUUCCGGUCUUGAGAACAAAUGCUGGUGUAAACAACAUGUUUCUCAGCUUUAGUCUUCUCUCGGCACAAGUCUCUCUGAUGAUUAGCGCUUACACUUCUGCUCCCAGUAUUCUAUGUAAACUCAUUGGUGUUAUGACGCACUUCCUGUGGUUGUGGAACUUCUCAUGGAACUUCAUCUGCAGUUUUAACAUGGUUCGAGUUUUUACUGUCAGUAUGGGAAUGAACAAUCAACGAGAUAUGACUCAUGGUACCUGGAAAUGGUUGAGUGGUUCAUUCAUUUUACCUGUCUUAGUUGUCAGUGCAGUUUUAACAUAUAACCAUUUCACAUCACAAGGAAGAGAAUUCGGUUAUGGUAAUGAACAGUGUUAUAUAGACUCUCCUUUAUUAAUUGGAAUCACUGUAGCUGCUCCAUUGUUUGUGAUAACUUUGAUCAAUGUCUCCUUCUUUCUUGUGGCCGUUUACAAAAUUUACAGUGUCCGAAGACUUCAGUCCGAUUUUCUGCCCAGCACAGCUCCAGACUUUACAAUGACCAUCUACAUCAAGCUAUCUACAGUGACAGGAAUGUUCUGGAUUGUGGCUGUUCUGGCUGAAUUCUCGGAUAAUAAGAUUUUCGGGUAA